AUGGAAGAUAUUGAGCUUCAAGUGUUGGCGUACGUAAGAGUAAAUCCCAGAGUUAGUAUGCGUCAUGUCAGCUUUGAAAUAUUUAUUUCUCAUAAUGCCGUUCAUAAAAUUUUAAAAAAGCAUAAAUUUCAUCCAUACAGGCCUGAUUUAGUUCAAAACUUACGCCAGGGUGAUGCUGAGCGUAGGAUUAUGUUUAUUUCUUGAUUGGUAACUCAAUUAGAAGACAAUCCUAUUAUUUUAAAUUACAUAUUAUGGACAGAUGAAUCCAAAUUCACCAACAACGGAGUAAUAAAUAAACAAAAUAAUCGUUAUCGGUACACUCAAAAUCCCCAUUGGGUUAUUGAAACAAAUAAUCAAUGUAUUUGGGGAACAAAUAUUUGGUGUGGUUUGAUUGGAAGUAAAUUGUUGGGACCUUAUUUCUACGACGGUACAUUAAAUGGAAGACGGUAUUUAGAAUUUCUAAUGAAUAAGCUACCGAUCAUGCCAGACGACAUUCCUCUUUCAACAAGAAACAAUUUGAUUUUGCAACAAGAUGGCUCCAUGCCCCGGCACAUAAUGCAAUUGUCGUGA